AAGAAGUUUCGUCUUCAAAGUGGUCGAACUCCCCUCACUGAGCGAGGUGUGAUGAGUCGGUCGAGUCCUCCUUCAAAUCAUAGUGUAUCAACAUCAUCAACGGAUUCAGAUUCAAUUGAGAAAGGAAAAGGAACAAGGGCCAAAGCACGAGCAAAUGAUGAAAGUAUAACUGGUGCUGGUGGAACAAGCCGAACAACUACAAGUACUGGGGUUGAAAAGAGUAAGCCGAAGGCUAAACGGCAAAGGUCGGAGGUAUGGGAUCACUUCCAUAAGUUUAUUACAGAUAGUGGUGAAAACAAAGCUAGAUGCAAUUAUUGCGAAAGAGAGCUAUUUGCUGAUACUAAAUUGAAUGGGACUAGUUCAUUGAAAUCUCAUUUGAAAAGUUGUUCUAAAUUUCCACGUACUAGUUCUGAUCCUGCACAAACUGAGUUAUUUUGUCAAGUAACUGAAGAAGGGAGUUCAAUAAGUUUUGGGAAAUAUAGUGCAGAAGCUCUUAGGAGGGGUAUAGCUGAAAUGAUUAUUGAAGAUGAAUUGCCCUUUAAGUUUGUGGAAGCAAAGGGAUUUAGAAAAUGUAUGUUUAUUGCUUGUCCUAGAUUUAAAAUGCCUUCUCGUUGGACUAUUGCUAGGGAUUGCUAUGAUAUUUAUUUGGAUUAGAAGAAAAAUUUGAAUAGUUUGUUGCAUUCUCAUUCUGUUAGAGUGUCACUCACCACUGAUACUUGGACAUCAUUGCAAAGGGUGAAUUACAUGUGUCUUACAUGUCAUUUUAUUGAUCAUGAUUGGAAAUUGCAUAAAAGGAUAAUUAACUUUUGUCCAAUUACAAGUCAUAAGGGUGAGGAUGUGGGUAAAGCAAUUGAAAAGUGUUUGCGUGA